AUGGCUCAGCUCUGCUGCUCUUCACUUCCCACCCACCGUUGCCUCAUCACCACCUCCACGUCUUCACAUUCCCUCAAUUUCCCCCAAUGCACAAAAUUCAAAUUCUCAAACCCUAAUCUCGAUUCCAAAUUAAGUACACCGCACGCCGCCGGAGGCGGCGGCGGUGCCGGCAUUAGCAGCGGAGGAGGAGGAGGUGACAACGGCGGCGGCGAAGGAAACUCUCCUCGCGACAACGGAUUGGGACCAAUCGGAGCAUUUUUAACCGGAUGGAGAGAGAGAGUCGUCGCCGAUCCACAGUUCCCUUUCAAGGUGCUGAUGGAGGAGCUAGUAGGUGUGAGCGCGUGCAUUCUCGGCGACAUGGCGUCGCGCCCUAAUUUCGGCCUGAACGAGCUCGAUUUCGUGUUCUCCACCAUCGUUGUGGGGUCAACUUGA